UCAUCAGCCAGUUUCUCUGACGGGUCACUCAAUACACAGCCUAAAGCGAAAUUAUAAACUCAAGCGUGCUUGAAGUUAAACCCUCAAAUACGCGAAAAUGGAAGAGCCAACUUAUGAUCAGAGUCGUCCCAUGCCAGCCCUAGAACUUGUCUAUGUACACAAUAUCGUCAACUGUCCGGGAAAGACAAUCGUUGGCCUGCGCGUGGAUUUCCCCCCAAACGGAUCGACUCCACCCCAUCGACACGGCGGCGCUUCGGUCUCUGCCUACGUUGUUAGCGGCACACUUCUAAACAAGAUGAAUGAAGACCCAAUGAAGGUGAUUCCUGCAGGAGGCUCUUGGUAUGAAGCCCCGGGUUGCCAUCACCGCAUCAGUGACAAUGCCAGUUCGACAGAGCCGGCCACACUCAUGGCUGUUAUGAUAUUGGACUCGGAGGUAUACGAGCGCGAUGGGAUGUCAGCGUUGUUUCAGAUUGAUGAGGAGUACAAGCAAAAUUAGAGUCGUUAAUUAGGCCUAACCGCCCUGACACUAAGCAGUAGCUGAGGUGGCGGGUGAUUGUGUUGGAGUUGAGCACUUACAAGGACUGAGGUCAAGAUCGUGAUGUGUAAUGGGCCAUAUAUCCAUAUCUUUCUUAUAUGUAAUGGAUUGUCAUCUCUCGCGAUUUCGGCUAUUUCUGUCCCUGAUGACAGCUUCCAUCAGCAUUUACCCCAGGGUGGUAUGAACUGGUCAACCUGGUAAAGCGAUGACUUAAGAGGAGAGAGAACGAACAAUGGGGGAUGGAGCACCCAUGUCUGAGC